AUGUUUACACGAAUAACUCUAAGAUAUGGUACAGCAACGGUUGCGAAAGAUAAAUUAUUAUGUCUUCAAAGCUCGAAAAGGUUGAUAGUUAUACCAAGUCCCACGGGAAGAAGGCGAAAGAGAAAAGUUAAGAAUGUGAGUCUUCGUGAUUUGCAAGUGGAUGAGGUCAUGGGAUUGGAAGAUCCUGAAAAGUUGGAAUAUAAGAUCAAACAAAUUCAGGAAUAUACCAGACGAUUAAGUGAGAAAUUGAAGUUAUCUUCUGAUCAUGAAAAAAUGGACUUACCCAACACUGAUGUUACAAAGAAUGUCGAUGAGAUUUUUGACCAGAUCUCAUCUGCGAAAGGAAUCCCCGUCAUAACUAAAGAACAUCAACUCCUGUCAUCUGCUUCGACUAACAAUACUACUGAUUUAUCGACAUUAAUUAGGGAAACCUCAAAUAUUCAAAUGGAGCAGUUAUUACCAACGGAGAUCAAAAAAAGAAUCAAUAAUGAUGAUUUAGUAAUGUCUUCAUUAUUUAGAAAAGAUAAACAGGAUUGGAACUUAAUUAUAUCAGAGUUGUAUUCAAGUAAAAAGAAACUGAAAGGUCUUAGUUUGAAUCUUAUUACUUUUCAAUUAUUACCAAAGAUCCAUAAUUUAUCAUUAGAAUCCAUUGAACAGUUAGAUGAAAUGUUAAUAGAGUCAUGUAGCGGAGAUUUUGCUACCUAUAAUAAACGCAUGUACGAAUGUCUUUUCCAAAACUUAUCAAGGCUGACGCCACUUCCAUCUCAGACCAAUGAUCCUGUCAUAACAAAAAUGAAGGAACUCAUGGAUAGAUUUGAUGCGAAUUUACUUCCAAAAGGCUUAAAGAUGAAUUCUUAUUCUUUAAACUAUUGCAUAACUUAUGUUAAGAAAGCCAAAGAUUUUAAAUCCAUGAAUUAUUUCUUGACUAGGUUUAAAAAUCAAUAUAAUGUGACACCCAACAGGGUUAAUUAUACGACAAUAAUUCAAUUCUAUAGGGAUUUGAAUUUACCACAACAGGCAUGGAACAUUUUCUCCACCAUGAAAUUUUUAUCGAAGGAACAUUCCCCUGAUAUUAUCACAUAUAAUAAAAUGCUACAAAUCUGCAUGCAAGAAAGGGAUUAUGCUAGGGCUAUUGAUUUAUUCCACGAAGUUUCUGAUAUGAAGUUAAUUCCAUCCGUGGAUACGUUAACUAUUUUAAUUAAGGUAUUGGCGGUUUGUAGUGGUAAUACUAUGGAAAGUGAUGGAAAACAAGAAUCGUUAAGAUUAAUGGGUUGGAAAUAUUGCCACGAGUUAAUUAAGCUUGGUGGAUGGGAAGAAAAUGAGAAGAUUUUAUCAGCUAUGCUUACAUUAUCAGCAUAUGAUGGGGAUGUCUCAUUGACCAGAGCCUUAUAUUUCAAGUGCAUUAUGAAAAGAUUCUUCCAAGUCCGAAAUGAAAGUAAUGAUAAUUCAAGCAUCGUAAGCAUAUGGAAGAAAGCCUUACAGGCAAGUUUAUUGAACCGUCUAUUUAUAGGAUACUCUAAAUUCAAACCUGAUAAACUGCCACUGUCAUUUAGUUUUGAUGAAGGAAUGGAAUUGAGGAGAAACAUUUUGAAUAGUGUUGAUUAUUCAGGAAGAUCUACUGAAGGUAUUAUCGUCCCAUUAUUACCAAUUAUCAACUUAGGGAAUUCGGAGGAGAUUCUUGCAGAAUCUAAUGCCAUGUGGCGUUUCAAUUUAGAGUUUGGUGGUAUAACAAAUGGAUUAAGUGAUUCAUACUUGGAAAAUGAUAUUGCUAAAGUCGAUGUCGAUAAUAUGGUCCAUUCUAGUUUGAAUGUAUCUGAAUUCAAAGCACGUUUCUUCCCAUUAAUAGCCCAAUGGAGACAAGUCGUCAAUCAAGAUAUACUUAAUCCAAUCUGUAUGGGGUCCUAUUUGACUAUUCCUUUAAGAUUACAGAAUAAAAAUGAAUUUUUAGCAAGAUUGAACUCUUUCACUUUCCAACAAAAGGAUUUCGAUGAAAAAAUUGAAUCGUUUUAUAACAGUAAAUUACAAAUUACUGAAACUGUCAAAAAAGAAGAAAAACAAGAAGAAGAAAAAAUAGAUCCUAGUGCGAAUACUGUUGAACUGAAAAAUGACGAUAUCAACAAAAACCAAGACCUCUUAAAAUACAUCGGUUCAUUGAGGUAUAAGAUGUUAGCUAAUGGAACUAUAUAUGAAUACCAAAUGAAAUUGGCCACAAUGACUAACGAUUCUACUUUAGCUACUAAAACCUGGAAAGAUAGGGGUCUGUUUAGAAAGACAGCUUAUUUCAACAAUUUGGAAAAAAGGGAAAGAGUUAGUUUGGAUACCGAAUUUGCUAGGUUAAUGGUUGAAUAUUUUGUUGGUCAAAAUAUGUAUGUGGAUGCGAUGAGUAUUAUUUUGUCAUCACAGAGACAUAUUAAUUGGACAUAUCAUAUGGUAAAACAAUUACAUCAUAAAUUGAUGGAAGUGGAAGAUCAAGAAAAUGCAUCUAGAUUAUUGGAGAUAGUUAACAAGAAGAAAUCUAAGGUAGCUCUUCUUGAUGAACAAUUACAGGAGUUGGCACUCUAA